AUGGUUUUCUUCCCCUCCUUUACGCCGCGCGAGAUGGUGCAUCGGUCCGAGGAGCUAUUCAGCCAGAUCAAGCUGGACGAUGCGACGAUGGCAUGUGUUCAUGCUCUCGAUAAUCGUAUAUCCGAACUCGAGCAGCAGUUAGUUCAAACUAAACGUAGGCGCAACAGUUUUAUGCCUGUUGCGCGACUCCCAAUGGAGCUGGUCGCAAAAAUCAUCUCUUUAGCCUGGCACGACUGUGCCUCAUACGAGCCAACGUUCUUGGUCGACAUGACUCAUGUCUGGAGCCACUGGCGAGAAGCAGCGCUGCAGACGCAGUACCUCUGGUCGUUGGUGGGCUUGAAAAACUCUCGACACGUUCGAGCGAUGUUGGAGCGAUCCAGAGGCGCGCCGCUGAAGGUGUCAGGCAGAGUCAACUCUGAAAUUUAUCCAGGCCCGACCAAAGCUUUUUAUACAGUGCUCAGAAAGCUCCAUCGUGUCCAGGAGCUUGACAUCCACGUUCUGCUCCGGGACGGAAAACUGUGGAAGCCAACACCGCUGGGGAUGAGGCUUCGAAAGUGCCUGUUCCCUGCAUUACAGUCCCUGGUCUUAUCGAGCGAAAGAUGUGACAACAUCGAAACUCAUAUGCGCUGGAUUUCGCAAGUCAGUUUGCCCCAUCUACAGCACCUGGCUGUGCACUGCUUCAGUCUCUCGUCAUAUCACAAUUUCCUUCUCCCUUCGUUGACAUCGUUGUCAAUAGAAGAGACCAGAGGGAUUGAUGUUCCUUUGAUGAUUGCUAUCCUUGAGGAUCUGCCGCAGUUGAAGACAUUGAAAAUAGUGCAUUCCAUUUUCCUGCCCGUCAACCUUGCACUGACACCGAUAAUCCACCACAAUCAGGACAAGACGAGGAUACCUUGCUUACGAUCCCUAACUCUCGGACUGACCCUCAUGGAGUGUUCUUCCCUUCUCGCCCAGCUAGAGUUCCCCGCCGUCACAGAUGUCCAGAUCACACUCCAUGGGUUCGAGUGUGAACGGUACUGCAGAGAUUACAUGCCAGAAGUAUUCCUUGUUUCCGACCUCCUCGGUCCAAUCAUCGCGCUGUGCCAUACUGCAUUGCCUUCCCAUCGUCGCAGGAAGCUCACUUUGUCUAAGUCAUGGAGGCCGGGUAGGGACAGUCGUGAACAGCUGGUAUACAAGCAUGACGAUUACCUUGUGUGGAUGGAUACGAGACCCACAACGUCAUCUGAUGAGGGGAACCCAAGAAUGCUGGUGUCGGUGGCCGUUGGACAGCAGCAGCCUUUGAAGGGCACCCUGCAGAACUUACAAGAUGCUAGACAUGUCUUGCUACAGUCAUUGGCCACAGUCAAUCUUGAAUAUCUCCAACUAGAGUCUGGCGAUACCGCCGAAGACUGGAAUCUAGAAUUUGGGCAUCUGAUACACGUAACCCGGCUCUGGGUGACCGGCGCUGAUGACGACUUCCUCGAUGCCCUAAACGCAGACUUCAAUGACUCUAAUACACUCACCGACGAGGUGAGCACCCCAGCUGCCGAUAUCGCUGAGGAUAUCUUGUUCCCCUCGCUGCGGUACCUCGUACUCGAAGAAGGGCCCGGUAGCUAUGAUGGAGACUUUGCAGAGAGAUUGUCGAUCGCACUGCGAUCGAGGCAAAGGACGGGCAGAAUCCCGCGUCUAUCCCAUCUCGACAUCCAAGGCGUCGAGGACUGGGCGAGUCAGCACGUGGCGUGCCUGCAGGAGACGGUGGACAAGCUUACCUUACGACCCCCUGCCGACAUUUACUACAAACAGGAGGCUGUGGAAGGGUGUGAGGUGAAUGAGGAGGUUAAAAGCAGCGAGGAGGUCUGGGAAGACGACCCGUGGUUCGACGAAAAUGAAGACGAGUGA